AGUCAAUUUACAAAUAUUUCAUGACAAUUUUCAUGACUUAUAAAUUGAAAAUAAAAAUUGAAAUGUAACAUUAACAUAAUACAAUCCUACCAUUAAUAAUUGGAGCCAUACAAUCAACAAUGGAGACCAAAAAUAAUCACAUAUAAUUUAUCUUUCAUCUAGCAAUAAUAUUAGGAACUAUCGCAUAGAAAAAAACGUCGCCUACAAUGGAGAAUAAGAAUUUUGGUGUUAUAGAAGACUUAUCAGAGUCAGAUAACAUUUCUACGUCAUCAUCUAAUAAUGGAAUGUUUGAGCCUCACCAGACACUUGUGCUAGAGUUACAUGACCUUAAAAAAGAUGAUCCGUCUGGCCUACCAACUGAAAUUAGAAAAAAGCAGAAAAAGAAGAAGAAAGGACAAUUAGCUUCUAAGAAGAGUCAUACCAGUCGUUCUUCUAGCAGCCUCUCUGAUACCAGUAUAGUACCUCCGCCUGUAGUCGACGAACAUGCAAAAGAAGAAUUUUAUGAUGCGCAUGAAAGUUACCACAAGCUACCUGAAAACCAAGUCAGCAAUCCUGUAACCGCUGCAGCGCUGGUGCAAGCAAGAUCUGAACAUGGUCCAGUACCAAAGACAACACAGGAGCAACCAGCGCCUACACAGGCAGGUUGUCUGCCAAAAAACCAUCCACUAUUUCGAAACCUGUAACGCGGCCGGAAUAAGUCAAAUAAUAUCCUUAUCUUAAAAAGACACUACACAAACUUCUUCAGAUGACAUCGACGACAUUUCUUGACAAUGAAAAUCACAAAAAUAAAGCAAUAUAUAAUA